AUGGCUAAAUCAGAUGAUGAAGAUGCUUUUUUAUACGGGUCAGAGGAAGAAAAUGAUCAACCAGCUGCUAAAAGACAAAAAACUGUGAAAUUUUCAGAGGAUAUAAAGGCAAAAGGAGUUGAGAAAGGAAGUAAACAGAUAACUGAAACUGACAAACAGGAAGAAGCUAAAGAAGAUAAUGAAGACGAAGAAGUAGAGGAAGAAGAAGAGGAAGAAGAAAGUUCAGAUGAUGAUAUAGACAUUAUAAUAGGAGGUACUGAAUCAAAAACAUCAACACUGAAUCAAGUUCCUGGAAAUGAUAUAUUAUCAGAAAUGGUUGAUACUGAAGCUGAACAACAACAAAAACAAGAUAUUGAAAAUUCAAACCAAAGAACUACAAUAACAGAUAAAUCAUCAACAAUAAAUAUAAAUGCAAAUCCGGAGUAUGAAGGAAAACCAUUAACUCAGUUAGAUAUUGAAACUUUAAAAGUAAAACCAUGGAGAGCACCAGGGGCAAAUAUAUCAGAUUAUUUUAAUUUUGGAUUUGAUGAAAUUACGUGGACAGCCUAUUGUCAUAAACAAGAUAAAUUAAGAGGAGAAUUUAAUCCCCAAAAGAUUAUGGCAAAUAUUAUGAAAGGACCAGGGCAAUUGCCACCACCUACAAUUCAACAAUCUAAUACUAAUACAAACCAAAGUCCAAUGAAUAAUAAAAACAAUUCGCCUGCGCCAAUACCACCUCAAUUUCAAAAUAUGCCAUUUAAUUUUGGAAAAAUGCCACCAAAUAUGCCUCAAUUUCCGAUGGGAAACUUACCUCCUGGAAUGUCAUAUCCACCACCACCUCCUCCUCCACAAAAUUAUCACAGAAGAUAA